CCAUCCCCGGCCGCAUGUCUUCUCCGCUGCUGCCGAGGGCUCUGAGCGCCGCGCUCGAGGCUCGGGGCUCGGAGCGAGUUGACGAGAAGGGGAGCAGGGAGCGGAUAGACGCGGGGCGCGAGGAGAGGGAGCCGGGCGGUCGUGGGAGCCGAGGGGAUGAGAGGGGGGAGCGGGAUAGGGAUGAGACGGAGCGUGGUGAUCCGUCGCUCUCGAAGCUCGUCCGCCGGUGCUGGUCGCAGUGGAGCGAGCAGGACGAGGCGCUGCUGCGUCGCACGUGCGCGCCGCUCGCCGCCGCCAAGGACCCCGCGGGCGCCCUGCGCCACCGCCAGGAAGGAAACCGCUUCUUCCAGCAGGAGCAGAACGGCCGAGCUGCGGCCUGCUACUCCAGGAGCAUCUGCCUGGCGACCCCGGGCAGCGAGGAGCAGGCCCUGGCGUUCGCCAACCGAUCGGCCGCCCUCUUUCACAUGCAGCAUCACCAGGCCUGUCUGGACGACAUCGGCCGCGCGCUGGCGAACGGCUACCCCGCGCGCCUCUCCCACAAGCUGCUGUCUCGUCGCGGGGACGCUCUAGCCGCGCUGGAGCGCGCGCGGCAAAACCCAGGCGACAAUCCCACUGCUGCCGCCGCCGCCGCCGUGGGCAAUCCGGACGUCUCGGGCGCCGGGGGUAGCGGGCGUGACGAGACGCUCGCGGAGAACGGAGGAGGCGCGGGGGAGCGAGUGUCUGUGGAGUUGCGUUGGAGCGAGCGCUCGGGGAGGCAUUUGGUGGCGGCGCGCGACCUCCACCCGGGGGAGUCGCUCCUCGUGGAGCCGGCGUUCGCCAGCGCCGUCGCCCCCGACGCCAACGCGGAGCGUGAGGGGGCCCUGCCCCCCGAGGAGCGCUGCUGCCACCGCUGCCUGCGCGAGGCCGAGCCGGUGCUGCCGGUGCCGUGCCAGCGCUGCAGCUACGCACGGUUCUGCGGGGAGCCGUGCCGGGACGCGGCGGUGCGGAGCCGCCAUCACGGCAGCGUGGAGUGCGCCCUGGCGCGCCGUGGCCUCCUGCAGGGCCUGGGCCCCUUCGUACAGGCGAGCCUCAGGACUCUGCUCAUCGCCGGGCCGCGUGACGUCGCGGCCGCCGUGAGCGGAGACGCCAGCGGGGGCGACGAGGAGAUCGCGCGGACGUGCGCCGACUUCCUGCGCGACGCGCCCAGUGGCGCCGGCAGUGAAGCGGAGAUAGCUGGAACGCCGGCGCCGGGAUCGGCUGCCGCCGAAACACCGCGUGUGGAUAAAACUCCGACGGUAUCGGCGGCUGCGUCCGCGGUGAAGAUCGCCGGGUGUGGGGAGGACGCGGUUUAUCGCAGCGACUACCGAGCCAUCUACCACCUGGUGACUCACGCGGAUGCGCGCGACACCGCGCACAUCCUGCCCCUUGCCUGGGCCGCGGCUGCCGUGUGCAGGCACCUCCACGAGCUGGGCUUCUCCUUUCUGAGCGGAGCGCCGGGCGGUACGGCACCAUCAUCGGAGUCGGGGCGGAGUGGCGCCGGGCGAGAGGAUGAGGGGGCGACAGGAGCCGGGGGUCACGGGGUCGCGCCCGCCGAGCUCCAGGGCGAGCUGCUGCUGGUGGGGACGCUGCUGCUGCGCCACCUGCUGCAGCUGUGGUGCAACGCGUACGCCGUGACCACGCUGAGCAGCGGCGCAGCUUGCCUCGCGCCCCGCUCCCCCUCGGCGGCGGCGGCGGUGGAGAGCAGCGAGCAUCGGCGUGUGGCGGUGGCGCUGUUCCCCGUGGCGAGCCUGCUCAACCACGCGUGCCGCCCCAACGUGAGCCUCGCGUUCCGUGGUGCCGUCCUCACCGUGCGGGCCGCCGCGCCGAUCCUCGUCGGCGAGCAGCUGCUCCACUGCUAUGGGCCGCAGGCGGAGCGGAUGGAGGGGCCGGAGCGGCGGCGGCUGCUGCGCUCGCAGUACCGCUUCGAGUGCGCGUGUGCGGCGUGCGCGGAGGAGGAGGAGAGGGGGGGGCCGCCCCCCCACGACGCGUUCCUCUGCGAGAGCUGCGGCUCCUUCCUGAAGCGCGGGGGUGAGAGCACGCUCGUGGAGGAGAUGGAGUGCUCGUCCGUGCGCUGCAGGCUUCGCUUCCCGCGCGCGCCACUCCUGGCGUCGCACGCGGAGCUGCGUGCACUGGUCGCUCGCGCUCGGAGCGCGUUCGAGGAGCACGGGAAACCCGAGGUCGCGUCCGAGGUGCUGGGCGAGUGUCUGCGCCGCGGCCGUGGCCUGCUGAACCCUCUCCACGCCACUCUGGGCGAGGCCUCGGACUGCCUCGCGCAGGUGCUCGCCGCACAAGGGCGGUGGGAGGAUGCGGCUCGUCACCUCCGCAGCAGCUUGGUGUCCGUGGAGGCGCGGUUUGGGCCCGGCAGCCCCGAGACGGCUUACGAGCUCUUCAAGCUCACGCAGCUCCUCUUCAACGGGCGCCAGGUGCGGGAGGCGUUGGAGGUGGAAGAGAGAGCGGCCGCCCUGCUCAGCCUCCACUUUGGCGAGGACCACCCCCCGGUGCAGGAGCUGCGUGACAUGCGCCGCUGCCUGCUCGCCUUCCUCUCCCGCUCCUCCGCGUCGUAGUGGGCCGCGGCCGGUUUUCCGUUUAUUCCCAACCAAGCUACGUUCCGAACGCGCUGUCGGCAACGCGCCCACGAGACCAGGAUUUCUCCGUCCGCAGCUUGGCGGCGAGCGGCCGUGUCAGAGAAUCGCCCCUCCUCUCUCCUCCCCACCCCCAACCGUAAGGUGACGUCGAAGAACUACUUCUGAAGUCCCUGCAGUAGACGGUGUGCAACUGCGGCUAGCAACUCCGAACCGCGGGGCACAUAUCGUCACACACCAAAUAUUCACGUGGAUUGGUGGCGCGCUGGGUGGGUGUAACGCUUGCUCUGCCUAAGCCGUACCAAAGACUCUUAUCAACGCGAAGGAGCAGCGCCUUGUAUGUGCCCUGCAGCGUUCAUCACGUGGCAAUCACACCUCUUCAUAUCAAUGGUAUAUAUAUGCAUGUUGAACUUCUUUUGCACCGUAUGUCGCGAGUAGUGCUAAUCGGAGGUGCGUGGGAAGGACAACAAACUAAACACAAAAAGCAGUUUUAAAGAAAUUAGUUUUCAAUCUCGAUGAUGAUUUAAAAGUGCAGAGCUCCAGUGGCUUCCUAAUAUCGGAAGGAAGAGCGUUCCAAUGCAGUAUAUACAAUAGCCUUGAGAUCUCCAUUGGGUGGAGGCCGCUCUACCAGUGGCGCCGUGAGCGAGCAAUUGCAGGGCCGCACCUUUACCUUUGGCCAUACAGAGUCCAGAAUAUUUGCAGCUGUUGAUUCUUCCCCGUGACGCUGUUCCCUCACUUGCUUUGUGCAGCAUCUUAGGAUGCGGUUGUCAUUACCAGUUGCUCUCUACAUCGCGAUUGCACUAUCGAGUUGUCAUGGCCCGCAAGUAAGGCAGCUCACGUGGAAAACCAAAUUGGAUUAAAUGCGAUUUCUUUGUACAGUCAUGGGCGGUGACCGCGCUCCGGCCGCCAACUCCACCGCACUUGAGCACCCCGUUUGAUCGCCGGCGGACGUGACCGGGACUUUUGACCCGGCGUCUCGAGAGGUGUCAGCUCGGUAGCGUGACACUCGCCGCCGCUUCAACUCGGCUGUCGUUGGGGUCCAGGGGAGGAGCGUGGUUGGGGCGGGGGGGGGUGGAGGGGGCGUGCAUGCCACGAGCGAUGACGAGCUGCCGCGUGUGCUUAUCGCAAAGUCGCACCGUUCGCACCGCGCGUGGCGAUGUUACCGCCCUGGCUGUGAGAAGCUUCCCCGCCGGGUGUCGGGCGGCACGCGGAGGAGGAGGGAGUUCCUUAAACCUCGGUGCCGCGCGGCUAACGCUGCGUGAACGCGGUCGGUUAUCGUCCGGCACGACGGCAGCGACGCUUCUCGGUCGAGGCUGUCAACAAAAUUAAAAUGUUAAAUAAAAAACAGCGGCACAAAGCCCUCGUGUGAGCACGUUAAGGGAACGCGCAGCGAGGCGCUGAUGAGCUGGGGGCAAACGGUGCACGAGGAUGUAAUGUCGACAGGUUCAUUUCGCGCAGUAGCAGACAUUUUCGAGCAUUCCGAAUGGUUACGGCCGGAAUUUUCCAGGACGAUGUGCACGAAGUUUGCAGGCAGUCGUGAUUCAUAUUCGGGGAGUCUUUCUGCAUUUUCCAGUUUUGUCACCGAACAACCACAAACAGCCCAAGUGCAGCUACCGCCACGGGCAAACAGGCACUCAAAUCGCAAUUGCAAAGUUGAAAGCUAAAUCUUGAUUUGAAGCUUUCGUUACCGCAGGAAUCCAUACUCUUUGGUUCUUUCGGUAAAGUCACGUAGAUAGAAAAAUAAAUAAAAUGAAAGCUCAAAUGUCUAUCAUAGUCUGGCUUGGUCAAUGAUCGUCAUCCACUCUGCAGGGUUUAUAAAACUAGAACCACUGUGUGGGAUGGAAACCGUUGUCCUGCAGACAUCGCUUUCUUGCGUAAGAAUGUGGAGUUUCCACCACCAGCAUGCCAAUAGAAAAACAUGUUUCCCCAUGUUAACUUUCCCCAGGGAGACACAUUGGACCUCUGGUAUCCGAGCGCGACUUGUCUGUAAAACAACAAAAACGCAACACAUUUGUCAAUAACACUGCACCUCAAGAGUACAAAAAUACACAGAAUCAGUGACGUGUUGGGCACUGGGGCCCUCCUCCAUUGCAAAGUGAAGAGCCACGAUCAGAGGCCAUUGUCUGAAACGUCUUUUGUUUUUUGUACGUGUGCACCGCUGCCAAUGUACUCUUCAUUUUUAGAAAAUUUAGUCAAACGUUGCUCGCGCCCCUGUCUCCCCUUACCAAGCCCCCUGCCACCACCCCCCCUCCUCCUCCUACCAUCCCCCCCCCCUCCUCCCCCCAUCGCACCCUCCCACCUUCCCGUGUAGCUCCACCAGAGGUUCCCGGUGGGAGGCCGACACGUCUCGCGAUGGCCCAGGCGCCGAGGUGCGAACGCCGCAGCGCAGGAGCGCCGCUCGGUUGACGCGCAUUAAGUGGGUCUCGCCGCGGUCGUUGUUGGCAAGAUCGUCGAGGGAAACUCCCACGCUCCCUGCACACACGUGUUUAACGGUCCCGCUGGAAGUUCAUUAAACACACGGGGAGUUCGGAGGGGCAGAGGUGUGGGAGACGCGACGGGCAGAGGUGCGACCGAAGCUUGCCUCUUCGGCCGCGGCGAGUCGAGCGAAAGUUAAAUCGUCCUCUCCAUCACUGACCACCGAGCCCUGUGAUUGACAACUCCACAUUCCCAUGGCAGGAGGCCGCCGUUGGUAAUUAUUGUCCUUUGUCGAGGAACACUAAACGCACUCUUUGAUAGGAAGGCCCCGCAGUGCAUUUCCCUUUUAUAUUUUGUAUAGAGAAAAAAUUUAACUCCACUCAUUUCUUCAAUAACACUGUGGCCUUGGACAGAGAAGGUUUCUAGGUGACGUUUCAGGCAUUGGCCCUUCUUCACAUCGCAAAGAGAGGCCACUCUACCCUUCUGAGCUCUCUGUGCACUGUGAAGAAGGCGUGUUGCCUGAAGCAUCGCCAGUGAUAAAUAAUACAGGUUGUUUAGGUUUGUGUCAAAGAGUGCGUUUAGUAGUAAAUUUACGCGUUCAUUUAAGAUCACGUAAAUUUACGUGAUCUAAAAUUUACUCGAUCUAAAUUUACGUGAUCUAACCCCAAAAAACUGUAUUUGGAUGGAUGAUAAUGGUCACGAAAGUCUACUGCGCGUUAAGUCGCCAGUGAUUUUGUUGUUAAGCCGCAGUGUGAUUUACGAUGGUGUUAAGCUUGUUUGUGCUCUGUGCACCACCGCAUCAUCAUCAUCGUCAUCACCUAAUGACGUGUCCCUCUUACAGCAGUCGGGGUUCUCGCCCGGUGUAAACUAGAGGCGUCGGCGACACCUGGGAUGUGGCUGGAAACAUGGGGAGGGUGGGGGGCGAGGGAGGCGGCCUGUGAAAUAGUCGCUCCUCGGUUUAUGAAUUAGCCACUCGGGUUUAUCCAGGAAAAGCGUCGCCGAGACGGUUCGGGUUGCCACCCCCCUCCCCCCCCACAGCUUUUUGACGAAUGAAAUAAAACGGAGGAAUUUUUAGUCAUCGUGCCAAUGUGAGACGGCUCCUGAAAAGUGUUUUUUUGUUUACAAUCGGGGUGAUCGGGGGGGGGGGUCAAGCCAUGAAUUAAGAAAAUGGCAUCUUAUUCUUGGUUCUUUCGGUAAAGUCACGUAGAAGGGAAAUAAUAAAAUAAUAAACAUAUACAAGAAAAAAUCUUCCCUUCUACGUGACUUUACCGAAAGAACCAGGAAUAUGAAUCCCUGCAGCCACGAAAGCUUUAAAUAAAAAAAUGGCAUCUGUUCAGCAGAUGAACUCGACGCUACACAUUCUGUCAAUAAGACUACGGUCUUAAAAUGAAAAUAAUAUAAUAGGUGACGUUUUGGGGGCAAUGACACUUCUUCAUAGCACAGAAAUAUAAAGAGGCCAGAAUUUGAGAGAGAGAGUGGAUUAUUUGAGAGAGAGAGUGGAUUAUUUGAGAGAGAGAGUGGAUUAUUCGAGUUUGGAGAUUGCACUUGUUUACACACUGUGGCCUGAUGAGAAUUAAAACAAUAAAAAAAUGCUUUCUUUUGA